AUGAGAAACCAUACGGCAAUAACCGAAUUUAUCCUCCUGGGAUUGACAAAUGACCCACAACUUCAGAUUUUAAUUUUUAUAUUUGUACUAAUUGCUUACAUUUUGAGUGUAACUGGAAACCUGACUAUCAUCCUCCUCACAUUAGUGGAUUCCACACUUAAAACUGCUAUGUACUAUUUUCUCCGACACUUUUCCUUAAUAGAGAUAUUUUUCAUUUCUUCAUGUAUUCCUAGAUUCUUGUAUAGUCUAUCAACAGGUGACAAGACCAUUACCUAUAGUGCUUGUUUGUGCCAAUUGUUUCUUACAUACCUUUUUGGAAUAACACAAUUUUUUCUCCUGGCUGUAAUGUCCUAUGAUCGAUAUGUAGCCAUCUGCAAACCUUUGCAUUAUGUGACCAUCAUGAACCACAGGGUCUGCCAAAGACUUGUUUUCUGCUGUUGGAUAACUACUUUGCUGAUCAUAUCACCACCACUUAUCCUGAUACUGAAACUUGAUUUUUGUGACUCCAAUGCCAUUGAUCACUUUGGCUGUGAUGCUAAUCCCAUUCUAAAGAUCUCAUGCUCAGAUACAUGGUUGAUAGAAAAAUUGUUAAUUGUCUGUUCUGUGUUGAUCUUCAUCAUGACUCUCGUGUGUGUGGUUCUGUCCUACCUGUAUAUCAUCAGAACAAUUCUGAGAUUCCCCUCUGCUCAGCAAAGGACAAAAGCCUUUUCCACCUGCUCUUCCCACAUGAUUGUGAUUUCCAUGUCCUAUGGCAGCUGCAUCUUUAUCUAUAUCAAGCCCUCAGCAAAAGAUGAAAUGGCCAUUAAUAAGGGGGUUACUAUAUUAACAACUUCCAUCUCCCCCAUGCUAAAUCCAUUUAUUUAUACACUGAGGAAUAAACAAGUGAUACAAGCCUUUAAUGACUUAGCUCAAAAAUUAUACUGCUCACAAAGAAUUAGAGGAAUAUUAAAGUAA